AUGACGCCUGCUCCUUCUCGGUUUGCACGUGAGCAAGGCACAUCCUACUUUUAUUCACCUGAGCGCCUUGACUGGCUGAGGCUCAUGACCCGCGCUUGCCUUGCAACGUGGAAUGUUUGGCAUCUGCCGAAUCAAUUUGACCGGACUUACCAACAAAUCAUAUACCUAGAAGAGAAGUAUGGAUUUCAAACAACAAGAUGGUGUUUCAAUAGAUGGCGUGGCUUUCAGCCAGUUGACAGUGCGCUGGGCCGGCUUGGAAAAGAUGAGGACAUUCCUGAAGAGCUUAAGAACGUGAUACCUCCCUUUGAUGAGGAUGCGCACUGGAUCUUCUGCAGUGAUGGCAAUGAACAUGGAAUGAAAAUAGUUCCUGGUGAGGGUCGUGACCAAGCUAUCAGAGAUGAGGCAGUAAAGUUGUUGGAAAAGUUGGCGCUUGUUUGUUCAGACACUACUACCCAGCCUGGAACUUCUUUCACCCUCCUUCCGCUUCCUCAAUCUCAGCACCUUGACCUCCCACCUGGAAAUACUGAGACUUUGACGCGACUUGAAAACUCUGCACCUCUUUCAUUUCCUGACCUUCAAUACCUCAACAUCCCCCCUGCAGAUACUGAGCCUUCGAUCCCACCACCUGCUUACAGUGAAGCGGACAGCCUUCUUAUUGGCACUGGUCCUGUCGAACAAACAAGUGCUGACCCUUCAUCACUUGAGUGUCCUCCUUAUUCUCCUUCUUACUCUCCACCUCUCUCCAUCAGCGCGUUUCCCAUCUACGCGCCCCCGGACAUAACCAUCUAUCCACCCUCAACGCCUUCUCCCUCUGCAGCAGCGCCUCCCAUCAAUCCCCUUUCUCUUUCUCCCAUGUCUUCUCUUUCUUUGCCUCCAAUCCCCCCUUCCUCUUCUGAAAUGCCCCCUGUUCCCUCGAAGAAAACAAAGGGCAAGAAGGGGAAGAAGGGGAAGAAGAAGGAGAAGGCAGAGAGAAAGGCGAAGAUGGCCGCUGCUGCCAUCAACCCGGCCGGGCCCUCCAGCGACGAGGGCUUCGGCCAACCCCAAACUCCCUCCUCGACGUCGACGGUGAUUUAUACACCGGUCACCGGCGAGUUCUUAUCGUCUCCCUCGGCCCCGCAAACCCCCCGCGCUUUCGAGACCACCUUGGCAGCUGCUACUGCUGAGGUCCAGGUCACUGGUAUGGUGGUACAGGCCGAGUCAGAGACCCUGACUUCUCUGCCGGGCCCGCAACCUCUCACCUUCGAGGCCACCAAGACAGCUCCUGCUGUCGAGGUCGCGGUCACUGGUGACGUUGCGGUCGACGUCGAGGUGGAGAUGCCGCUGUCUCCUUUGGCAGGAUCACCUCUCACCUGCAAGACCACCACAGCAGCUUCUACUGCUGAGGUUGCGGUCACUGGUGAUGUGAUCACCGAGAUGGAGAUUGCGGCAUCUCCCUCCACCCCCACUCCCACCACGAAGCCCGCCGAAGCAGCUACAUAUGCCGACUUCGACCUCGCGAUGUGUCCAGCGUACCCACCAUACUGGCACAUCGCCUGCCACGGAAAAUCAUAUUUCUGUUGGCAGCAUGAGGACGGUCAUAUGGAGCCUGUCGACGUGGCUACCCUCGAGCGAGAUGACGCUUCCCCGUGUUGUCUCUUCUACCCGCCUUGCACUCAACACCAACCGGCCAAAUCCUGUUGGUGCCCUGAGUGCGUGGGCAGCCUCCGGUUUUGUUGUUGCUACCACUAUCCGAAAUACUGCAACUACCCCUACCCACCAGUGCCUGCUCCUAUGAAGCCUUGGUGGGUAGAGCAGUGGAUGUACGAACAGCAGAAUCUGGCGGCUGAGAACCAGAAUCCUGUGGCUAAAGCGCAGGUUCUGAAGCCUGAGAAGAUGUCAACCGUGGCGUCCAUCCCCGAGGGCCAGAAGGUGGAGGUGGUUGAGCCCGCCUCGGUGCCGGAGACCGUGGUAGCUGCCAAGAAGCCCAUCCCGAAGCCCGAGAGCGUGGCAGAGUCCGCCGCGAGGCUGACAACGCCGAUGAAAAGCACUCGGAAGAAGAAGAAGAAGAAGAGCAAGAAGAAGUCGGGCAAGAAGUCUUCACCUCCCCCGCCCCUUCCCCCUACUCCUACUCCGCCCGGGCCCGUCACACCCGUUCUGAAGAAGACUUCGGCCUUUGAAGUGCCCAUGCCCACAGAGGCGGCCGCCCCCUCGCUCUUUGAGUGCGAGGAGAUGCGUCGUCCGACAAGUGGUGCCUCUGGGUGCUUCUCUGAGCCACCCGGCUUCCUUGCCCUUCCUUCUCUCUCCCCGUUUGCUUCGACCCGGCGGGCUGCGAGCCAUAUCCGCCGUGUGUCCUGGCCGCUGACCCGGCUCAACAUUGAUGAACGCUUUGCGUGA